AUGGAUUACGAAAAUUUUGAAAGACAGGUAAACUUAAGACGAAAAAUGAAUGAGGGGGCUGCUAAGUUGUGUCACGGAAACGGCGGAUUCGGUGGACCAGGAAUAUAUAUGGGUCAGGGUCAAAUGGACCGCCACAGCCACAAUCGUCAUUUUCCAAAGGAUGUGGUAAAGAGUAAUGGAAAUAAAGGUGGAGGUUCACCGAGACAGGUUCCGCGUAAGUGGCAUUCGCGGAGGGAGAGACAGUCACAAAAAGGAGAUAAUUCUGCUUUUGGUUAUGAUUCAGAUGACUCUAGCCUGUCUAGCAAUGCAUCAGGUUCAAAUGGAUCCAACAAAUCUUCUGAAAUUGGCAACGUUGGAAAACGAGAGUUGGGUAGUUCUGGUUCGGGCACUAUUAGUCGCGAGUGGCGUGCAAGGAAUCGACGUGAUCAAAGGUCAAGGCGGAUCACUCCAGACCAGAUCUUAUCUGGACCUUAUCCCUUCCAAGUGAAAUUCACACCCGAUGACUUGUUAAAUGGCUCGAAUUGGGACAAUCUAUCCCAAGAGAUUUGGGACAAGUUCAUCAAAUCCCAGCAGACUGAAGACACAUUCCAUAAGAAGAUGAACUUAUGGCGUUAUCUCUUUGUCACUGUCAAGUCAAUAUUCCCCCGAUAUGGGUUGUAUGUAGUGGGAUCUACUAUGACGGGAUUCGGUCUGGACUCUUCAGACAUGGACCUCUGCCUGUACGUACGAGCUAUAUCCCACGUAGAGCCACGCGCGCUUGCCCUAUUACAUCUCGACUACAUUUUAUCAUACAUCCGUUCUUUCGACCCUUAUGCAGAACUUAUCCAAGCGAAAGUCCCAAUAUUAAAAUUUCGUGACGCUCAAGCUGGCGUUCAGGUCGACCUGAAUUGCAACAAUGUUGUGGGCAUCCGAAAUACAAAUUUGCUUCAAGGCUUUUCACGUGCGGAUUGGCGGGUGCGACCGCUCGUGGUGGUGAUCAAACUGUGGGCGCGUGCUCAUCGGAUCAACGAUGCGCGACGCCGGACACUGUCCUCUUAUGCUCUCACUCUCAUGGUUAUACAUUUUUUGCAGAAUGGCGCGAAACCAUCCAUAGUGCCUCGGGCCAUUGACGUAUUCAACGAGAUGACACCCCGUUCUCAGAACCGCACGUCUCUCGGCGAGCUCUUCGUACAAUUUUUGCAAUACUACGCGGAGUUUCCGUAUAGCCAGAUGGCCAUCUCGGUACGUGCUGCACGUCGAAUUCCUAUCACGGAGUGUCGUCAUUCACCAGCAGACCCGCAUCAGUGGAAGUACAUAUGUGUUGAAGAGCCAUUCGACCUAACAAACACAGCGCGGUCCGUAUAUGACCCCGAGAUGUUCGAGAAGAUCGUGACUGCCUUCCGCCAAAGCUACACUCGCGUGUCGGCGUGCCCGCGGCUGGCGGAGGCGUGGCCCGCAGCGCGAUGA